AUGAGUUGGUUAGGCCUUGGCAAGAGCUCCUCUGCUCCCAAGGAGGAGGAGCGCAAGACCACACGCGCCCUGCCCGCAUCCUGGUAUCAUUCCCCUGCCAUGUACGAGCUAGAGCGCCGUGCAAUCUUCUCCAAAAAGUGGAUUCUCGUCUCCCACCAGCUCCGUUUCAAGGAACCUGGUGACUUUGUCCAGAUCACCGAGGCAGGCUUCACAUUCUUCAUAGUCAAAGAUCGCAAGGGGGUGAUUCACGCCCACCACAACGUGUGCCGUCAUCGAGCUUAUCCCCUAGUCGAGAAGGAGUCCGGACACCUCAAUGUUCUAGCUUGCAAGUAUCAUGGAUGGUCUUAUGGUUUUGAUGGAAAACUAGCCAAGGCGCCAAAAUAUCAAGAUAUCCCGUCCUUUGACAAAACGGCCAACACCCUCUUCAAAGUACACGUCCAUGUGGACAAGCUGGGUUUUAUCUGGAUUAACAUGGAUGCCAAUGAGACUCCUACGACAUCGUGGGAGGAAUCAUUCGGCACUGUCGAUGAGCAACCGAGAUUACAAAAGUUUGACAUGUCCAACUACACUUUUGACCAUCAAUGGGAGAUGACCGGAGAUUAUAAUUGGAAGACGCUAGCAGACAAUUACAACGAAUGUUACCAUUGUCCAACUGGUCAUCCUGGAGUGGCUGCGAUUUCAGAUCUAAGCAAGUACUGGGUCGAAACAGCCGGUAAUCACAUCCAGCACUUCAAUGUCGACAAGCCGGAUCGCAAGGGUCAGGGGAUCUAUAGUACCUUCCAUUAUCCCAAUGCUUCAACCACGAUCUCACCCGAGUUUUUCUACAUAAUGCGAUGCAUACCAAUAUCAUCUCACCAAACCAAGAUGGAGUAUGAAGUCUAUCGUAACAAUGAUGCGACUGAAGAAACCUUCAACGAAAUUAGUGAUUUUUUCAAGGUUGUCUUGAAGGAGGACAAGGAUCUCUGCAAUGGUGCCCAGAAGAACCUGCAAGCCGGCGUCUUCCUUAACGGCGAGCUUCACCCUCAUGCAGAAAAGGGCCCGUUAUUUUUCCAGUCCCUUACCCGAGACAUUGUCGUCGCCCACCGGGAGCAAGAAGAGGCUGCUGGUCAUGAUAUCUGGCCGGCUACUCCUAAGCAUAACACAAAUGAUACCAACGAAAAAGAUGUUGCUUUUUGCAAGGGACUUGAUUGCGCUACUGGGAACGAGAGUCUAGUGUGGUAA